AUGCUGAGCGAGGCGGAGAGUGGGGCCGGCGCCGGGGAGAGCCCCGCGGGGGAGUCGGCCAAGCCCGGCCCGGGCGGGGCCGCCCCGGCCCCCGCGUCCGCCCCGGCCCGCGGCCAGGCGGCCAAGCGCGUCCUGGCCACCCAGGUGCUGGGCACGGUUAAGUGGUUCAAUGUUCGCAACGGCUAUGGAUUUAUUAACAGGAACGACACCAAGGAGGAUGUUUUUGUGCACCAGACAGCCAUCAAGAGGAACAACCCUCGGAAGUUCCUGCGCAGCGUCGGUGAUGGGGAGACAGUGGAGUUUGAUGUUGUGGAAGGAGAGAAGGGCGCCGAGGCGGCCAACGUCACUGGCCCGGGCGGUGUGCCGGUGAAAGGCAGCCGCUACGCCCCCAACCGCCGGCGCUUCCGCAGAUUCAUCCCUAGGCCCCGGCAGGCCCAGCUGCCACCGCAGGACGCCACCAGAGUGGAAGGGGCCACCGAGCCGGUCAGCGAGGGGGAGAGAGCUGACAAUGCCAUGCAGCAGCAGCCCCGCAGGAGGCGCCCUCUGCCGUUCUUCUUCCGCCGGAGAUUUGCGCGUGGGCCCCGGCCUCCGAUCCAGCAGCAAGCCCAGCUGGGCACGGAAGGCGCAGAACCUAAAGAUGCCACCCAGCCGGAGGGAGACCAGCAACCGCCAGUCCAGGCAGGGGAGAGAGCUCCGGCCCCUCGCUUCCGGCCCAGAUACCGCAGACCCUUCCGCCCCCGCCCGCCACAACAACCCACCACUGAAGGAGGCGACGGUGAGACCAAAGUGGUGCCAGCCCCGGCAGACGGCAUCCGUCCCGAACCCCAGCGCCAGCGUAACCGGCCCUACUUUCAGCGCAGACGGCAGCAAACAGCUGGCACCCGGCCGGCGGCGGCAGAGCCGACCGUUACCGCCUCCAAAGACCAGCCUGCUCUGAGCUCUGCCGCUGGGGGGGACACCCCUGCUGCCAGCACCCCGGCCACCACUCAGGAACCAGCGGUGGAAGCCAGCAAACCUGCUGCCCCCGCUCCGGAGGGUCCCUCCCAGCCAUCGCCUGAGAUCCAGCGACAGCUUGUGGAUGUGUCCAUCUUGCCCGUAUCCCCAAGUUACCUCGUACUGCACAGAGACCCCAAACGCCACCCGGUCCCCCCUCUCCUCGCUGUUGAUCGAAGCCAAGAAUGUGAACCCUGA